GUUAGUUCAUUGUCAUAGUAACAAUACAAUCCAGGAGUCUCAUACUUAAAAACUUUUGGAUGAUACUCCAGUGGCUAACUUUUUAGAAAUAACAACAUGGAUGGGGAAGAAAUUGUAACAGUACUGCGGUGUGGUGGGUGUAAAGAAACUGUGUCAGAGCCGUACAUAGUUUGUGUGGAUUGUAGACCAGCCCAGGUCCAGAUCUGUCUCCAAUGCUUCUCCAAAGGUACCCAGUUUGGGUCACAUGAGAGUGAUCAUGCUUAUACAAUACUCAGAAAUGAUUUUGCCUUGUUUGAAAAUAACUGGACUGCGUCAGAAGAAACAGUGUUGUUGGACACGUUAUCUGAUUGUGGUUACGGAAAUUGGUCAGAUGCAGCUCAAAGACUACGAACUAAGAACAAAGAAGAAUGUAAGCGACACUACAACCAGAGCUACAUCAAUGGUGCUAUACCUGUCCUCCCUCAAUUUCCAGACUGGAGUCAGCAGGUGUAUCCACAGCCCUUGGUCUAUAAACUGUGUGAUGAUCCUCCGCGAUUCCCAGACUCCUCUGUGUUACAUCAGGAGAUGGGUGGGUAUAUGGCAGCUCGGGGAGAUUUCAACAUUGAAUAUGACAAUUUUCAAGAGCUGGAAAUUCAGUCAAUAUCAUUUGAUGAAGAUGAGGAGAUUGAUGAGUUGGAGGAGAGGUUACAGUUAGCAGUACUGGAUGUGUAUCUGCGUUGUUUGAAGCAGAGAGGGAGAAGAAAGAUGAUUGUAAGGAAAUAUGGCCUUAUCAAUCUGUCAAAAGUCCAGUCCAGUAAUCGUAUGUAUGCCCACAGUAUUACAGAUGUCGUAGACAAGCUACGUGUGUUCAUGCGUCUCUUGUCACCUCUGGAAUAUGACAAGUUUUUAAAGGGAGUUCAUGUAGAAAAAGAAUUGAGACUACAAAUCAAACGUUUACAAGAGUGCAGGCAAAAUGGUAUCAUACAUAUCAGAAACACAAAUAUUUACAAGACCUUAAAGAAAAGACGACAGGUAACCAAAACACAAAUCAACUUGCUCAGUGAAAUUCUCGGGCACAUGAAUGAUAACAAAGCCUGUCAGACAUGGUUACAGAGACAAGUGGUGUUGAACACUAUAUCAAAAGGUGUGACAGCUCCCCUCCCUGUGAUCCCGCGGCGUCCAGCACCACCUCUUGAUAUUGUUGGCUUGCCGGGAUAUGAUAAACUCACUGAAUCUGAGAGGGAGAUGUGUGCCAGUAUAAGACUUGUUCCCGAUGCCUAUCUGGAAUUCAGAAGUGUCAUGACAACAGAAUGUGCUAAAGCUGGAAGUCUGAAACUAAGUCAGGCGCGAAACAUGAUCAAAAUUGAUGUUAACAAAACCAGGAGACUUUAUGACUUCUUGUUGUCGGAGGGACACAUCAACAAAGAUCCACUGUAGAAUUUAUCCUAGACCAAAAACUGACUUCUGUUGUCAUAGAGACUUAAAGGUCUAUUGUAAUGUUCAGUGAAUGAUAGUUCAGCACUAUAUUCUAACAUUCUAUUAAUGAAUUAGUCAAGCCAUUAUAGUUACAUAUGUAUUUUGUAUCCACCAUAUCUUGACUGAUUAAUAAAAAUGUUGUAUAACAA